AUGUCCACUCAGGAGGUUCCGGUAGAGACCCCAUUCCCCGCCAUGAACAUCGACAAUCAGCAUGGCCCUGUGCACGUUCACAGUGCGACCGCUACAGUCACCAGGAUCGCUAAGAGCCCACCGUCCGAGGGUUUCACCACUAAAGUCAUCAAGGUCGUGAUGACAUGCACCGGCAACCUUGACACCCACACCAUCCUCAUCGAGAACCCCGAUAUCCUUCGCAUGUUUGUUGAGAGGGAGGGAAAGAUAGUCAUCAGUUUCACGCAGCUUCCCAUGAUGAUACCGAUCUGGAAGUUGGAACCUGCUGGCCCAAUGCCGGACAACCCGGGUGAAGAGGACACCGAUGAGGACUUCGAGAUGAUAAGGAACGCUUGGAAGACCUGUCGACUCGUAUGGGGGCGCCACGCGGGGCUCGACGAAUUGAACAGGCGAGCGGCUGUGACUAUGCGUGCGAUGCAGGAACAGGACGAGCUUGCUGCUCGAGCUGGUAAUGUAUUUGCACCAUCACUAUCGAAGACGCCAACAACGACACCGACUACGACACCGCCACCGUCGACUACUCCACAAGAUAGCCCACCGAGGCAUCCAUUCGUCCUCCCCGGCGUACCAGCUUCCAAGAAUUCUCGUCGCGUUCCAAGCCAGGCAUUCCCGUCGGCCCCGACAACGAUGACACGUCCUAUACGUAUCGGUGGUCAUACACUACUACAGCCAGAGGACGUCGAAGGGCAUUGGAGCGACGCAGAGGAAGAGGUUGGGGGCCAGACUGCUGGCGACUCUGCAUCGACCGGAGCGCAUAAGCCCGGGUCUAAAGACCUUGGAGCCUUGGUCCGGCGGCGCCAGGCCGAGAUUGAGGCCGCUCAGGCCAUGAGGGCGGGGCUGUCGAACCUUUUGGACGCACCUCGUUUGGAGGAUGAAGGAGCUGAAGAUGCCGAGCUCCCUGGUCCCUCGGGCAUAGAUGACGAGGGAGACGCGGAGGGACAAGUCGCGAACCGGUCGGAAGAAGAGCCUGAAGAUGACAGCGAAGAUUUUGAAGACAGCAGCGAAGAAGCCGACGAUGACAAAGACGACGGAGACUUCGGGGAGUCUCUCCCUGCGAAGGGCAAGCGCUCGCAAGGUACCCUGAAGAAAGUCUCACGACCGUCUCAGAAGCAGCUUGGAAAGCGACCUGCCAAGCCCACUCCGGUUGAAGCCAACACCCAGCCCCCCAAGUCAAAGCUUCGAAAGACUGGGGUUCCGAUCUGGCCGACGACUAUCAUCACCACUGGUACCGCCGGACCGAGUCUACGACAGGUUAUGGAAGAAAUGGGCCAGAUCUUGACGACAGACGCUGAGCGUCAGGAGUAUAUGCAUCUCGUUUGGACACGCCGCCGAGCUGCCGAGGAAGAAAAGGACGCUACCGCCGAACAAGCAGUGCUUCAUGACCUAGAGACAUUCGUGCGUAACCACGGCAUCGUGGACUUGCAUAACCGGUGGGCACGAUGGAUGGAGUCUGGCGUGAAGACCGCCAUGCCCAUGUAUAAACCGGCAGGAACUGGUGUGAUGGAUGCGGAGGAGCGGAAGACGAUGUUCGAGAGGAAGAAAAGGGUGCGUCGGGGCUAG